AUGAAAAAUAAGGAUAGGAACAUCUUUGUCUUGUGCCUUCAAACUUCAAAGAAUCUGGGUCCUGCAGCACCCUCUUUCUCGCGUUAUACUAUUUUUUCAUUCACCCUUCCAUGCAUAUACUUCUCCGGUUAUGAAAAGAUGAUUGCUCUUAAAUCCAUUCAUCCUUCCUUCAAACCUAGCAACAUCAAGAAUAACAUCCACUGCACAAGAAUCCUCAACGCAAGAGGUUCUAUUCUGUGCCUAUGCAAGUCCAAUGAGUCGGACUCUCAAUCUCCCCAACCUGGAGACAUUCGUAAACAAGAACUGCUAGCCCAAAUUGUCAUGCUUGAAGCUCAAAAAUUCCGUCUGGUAGAUUAUAUAGAUGAGAAAUCUGCCUAUUUAACCCGGUUUGGUGAAAAAGCAAACGCUGAGUUCAACAAGAUUGAAGAUGAUGCCCUCAAAGGAUUAGACGAAGCUGGUGCCAGGAUAACAGCAAACAUUGAGAGCCAGAUGCUAGAAUUCGAGGAAUCUGCAGAAGUUAACAGACAAGAGAUUCAGAAGCGGGAAAUUGAACUAGAGGAGUUUGAAGUUCAAAUGGAAGACGGCAGAAACGAAGGGCUAUUCUUUAAGAACCUGAAAAAGAAGAUACCUGUUGAUAAAGCAAAAGCCAAGGAGGAGACCGAAAAAAUCAAAGAUUUAACUAGAAAAAAGGCUAGUAGCAGAACCAGGAAAAGCAUUUACCUUGUCUUCAUUGGCCUGCUGACCUUUCUAAUAGUGGAUUCUAUUGCCUCAUCAUUAGCUGAUUGGAGAAAAGUAGCAAUUCUUGGAGCUAUUGUGGUGGCUUUGACUUCUCAGUUCAUCUAUGAAACAAACAUGUCAUCAGAAACUGGAACAACAAGAAAGACUAACAGGGAAGAGAAAAAUAACUGA